UCUCGAAAGGCGACCGGAGGUUGAGGCUGGUGAUAGCGAGCCCGUCCGACUCUCUGGAGACAGCCAUAUACGCGGCCCAGGGUCACCUGAGGUAACAGCACUCCCAUGGGGGGUGGGGUGGGGGCGCCUGGAUAUAUGAAGGGGCCAACAUCCCUAGCUACUCGGUCUCCCUCACUCUCUCAAGCCUCCUACUGCAAAGAGGAGGAGGAGCACCGUGAACUAAAAUCCAGCAGCGUCGCUUCUCCCUCAUCUUCUUCUAGUAAUGAUGGGUAACAGCACCAACAUGGUGUGGAGCACCGUCAACUUCUGGACUACGCAGAUAAUUGGUGAUACAGAGAGGCCAAAGGACAUGGACACUUCGAAUUCUCGACGGCUCUGUCGUUUGCUUCUCAGUAUAGUUGCUAUUAUUGGAUUGGCAGCCAUUUUGACAAUCUCUCUUUUGAACCAGCCACCAAAGAGAUCUCAAAGGGUGUGGUUGAAGAAAGGGGAUUCAAAUAACGUGUCUCGAUUCUUCGAUCGCAUGGCUUUGCAGUUGAAUUCUAUAGAGUGGCAGUGCCCCUGCAAAGCAAUGGAUGUGGUCGAUUACGUUGUGGCCAUGAGCUUCAAUUGGACAGACUACUUCAUGCUGUGUGCUCCAAGCUAGUGCGAAUACCUCGAGGCCAAUACUGCCAAGUGGGUUCUCUUUGCUGCUGUUGCUCAGGUUGGUGGCUUUGUUUCAGCCAUGUUGUUCGCUCUGCGCACUGUGUGUUGGCCAUUGUUCUGUAUGCUCGUUGGUUGGCCUACUUGUUUCGAGACUUGCCUGAAUAAAAGAGCAAAUGUAAAGAGCCAAGGAAGUGAUGAGCAUGGAGACAUUCUAAUGGUUAAUUGCAAGGAGAGUGAGAGUUACUCAUGCUGAAACCUUGGGAAUUCUUGUGCUCUAAAAUUAUAUAGCCGCUAUAAAAUGAUUGAGAAGUUUGCGCU